GUGAGUGGACGUGUACGGUGCGCGUCAAGCGGUUCCCGGAUGCACGACACAGAAACAUGGAUCGGGUAGUGGUGGAAGUGCCGAUCAGCAACGGUUUUUCUCUUGCUGGCCCUUCUACAACUCCACGAAAGCGGCAGGUACGUUUUUCAGCCCGUCAUGACAUCAUCCUUCUUCGGGAGGUGAUUGCCCAGAAUCCUUUUGCCUCUAAAGAGCCAGGACGGAUCUGGGCCCGGGUUGGUGAGAUCAUCACAGCAGCUCUCCAAGAGGAAAACUUUGAAGUGGAUGCAAGAAGGUGUAGGGAAAGGACCAUGUUGCUGCUGGACUACUACAAGAAGCAAGACUAUCCCAGUCUACGCAGAUUUGGAACAGAGAGGUUGUAUGCCCAAAAGGAGGAUUUGCUCCAUGAGGUUUUGGAACUGGAAGCUGAAAAGGGUCUCCUAGCCGGUGGAGAAGGCCCAAAAUACCAGGAUGAGGAGCUCAGAAAGAGAGCCAUAGAGGAAUUAACUCUACCUGAGCAAGACAAACCCACUAUCACACAUAUUGCCAUUUCAGAAUCAGAGGAAGAUCGGGAGGCGAUGGCUGAGCUUUCAGCAGCACCCACAGCUAAACAGCCCUGCCAGUGCUGCUGUCAAACCUACUCUGAGAUUCUCAGCUUCCUGGAGAAACGUUCAGAGGCGGAGCAACGGCUGCGAGAGGAAGAGCUCGCCUUGCGCCGGGAGGAGCUAGAGAUUCAAAGGAGUAAGAUUGCUUUGGAGAGAGAACGUCUGGGCGCUGAGAGAAGAGAAAGAGAACGGAGGUUUGAUCUGGAGAGUCAAGAGAGGCAGGUCAUCUUGGACCUACUAAAAGAAAAGGUCUUAAAAGGCUGACAGGGACAAACUGUGUCAUCUACCAGAUAUUCACAUAAUGGAAAGCAUGAAAUCUAGAGAAAAACGUAGCUGACUAUUUAAAAGAGUAAGAAAGAUAGAAAUAGAAUGGAAAUGAGAGGCCUUACUAAUGAUUAAGAGAGAUGAAGCAUAUGUUUUCCUGUUUCCUCUGAUUAAACUACAUUCAGAUGAAAACGAAGGACAUUAAUGGAGGAUUUAACAUUUAGUUUCUUUAUUUCAACGGCUCUACAAAUUAGUAAUGUUGUGGAUGUUGGAUUUUGUGCAAGCAUACAGUAUGUUGAUGGUGCACAGAAUAACAAAGAAAUCAUGUGACUGCUGGUAGUUUUGUAGGCAGCAGUAUUGCCUAAAGCAACUCUACAAAAUCCCUAAACCAGAUCCAGACAGACACUCCCUGUCUCACAUGGCACACAUCACAUGCCAAUUUAAAGCUACUUUUAAUUACUGAUAGGUGACAAAACAGAAUGCACAAAAGGGUUUGGCAAAGGUGUGCUAAUCCAGGGAGGCAAAAAUAGCAGACAGGAUUUGGACUGGUGCUUGAUUAAAGCUCCAUCAUAUGCUCAGUCUUA